UUUCUGUGACUUCUUGCCAUUAUAGAGGCAUUGUUUUAAUGUAAUAAUUGAGGAAGUUUUUAUUGUGUUUGUCCGUGUAUACAUCUAUUAAGUGUUACCCAAGGGAAGUUGUAAUCAUUGUAACAUGUGAUCACAAGCAAUUAGUGGAGUAGACAUACCACCCUUAGAGAAAUCUGAACACUUCCAUUGAUUUCAGAAAAAAUUAUCUCAUCCACUACCUGUAAAGGCAGUCAACAGAUUGAUGAGAAGAUUAGUUAUAUAACUUGUGACAGAUCACCUUGUAAAAUUUAUAUUUUACACAAUUUGUGAAGUGCAUCAAUUAACAGACAUGAAAUAUUUCCAGGCAAUUUACCCACAGAGAGAACAUAGGACGUGGAGACCGCUGGUGAAGAGUAGAAAGAAAGCGGUACCCUCCCACCCUCCACAGCGAUCCUCCCUUGUCAUGGGGGAAACCCAGAGGGGAGAAGCGAUCCUCCGAAACCUGGCUCAGCAGCAGCUGUCCGACAUUGAGUAUCGACAGUUUAAGUACGCCAUCAACAACUUCCAGCAGACAAGAUCCGUCCCUACAUUGUGCCAUCAGCUCAGACCUGUGAUAAACACCACCGAAAAACUCCUACUUCUGGUGGAGCUCAGCAACAGAAUCCCGAAAUCCCUCCAGGAAGAUUUCCACAGACUCUGUAGCAUUCAGUUCCCAAAUUACGAGACUUAUUUACGGAUCUACAGCAGUGACAACGCAAUGACAGAAAUCCCGAAAGUAAUUGCUCAAGACUCCUCGGGAAAAUUCAAAAUUGUGUCACAUGGCAGCGAGAAAAAAAUCCUUGUAGACUAUAAUGGUUAUAAAAAUGGUGACUUAAUAUCGCAGCAUGGAACAAGUGUAACAAGUGGAGUAUACAGUGAAAAUGACGACCUGACGUCAUUAAAACAAAACGAUAAAGAUGACAUGUUUGUGUGGUCUCCGCAGUAUGGGAGAAUUGACUCUAGUAAAUCAGCGUUUGUGACCAGGGACACUUACGACGUGGGGAUCAGACGAGUGUUCAUUGCCAGACGAGAUGACGGGAGCCUGGGUCUGGGGAUAAUCGGGGGUAGAGAGUAUGGGUCGGAUAUUAUUGUCAGUGUGGUGGAUCCAGAGGGGCCUGCAGCUGAACAGGGUGUACGAGCGGGAGACAGAAUUCUGGAGGUGAAUGGAACUGACUUUAGACAGAUGUCACAUGCUGAAGCUGUAACACUGAUGAGGAAUGCCUGGAAUGUCAUCAUGAAGGUCCAAUCAGCUGCCAGCUACAGACACAAUCAGACUCGAGAUCGAGAUGUACAGGUUCGUGAGAUUGAGCUCAUUGUGUAUCCGGGAGCAGAUGGUAGGCUAGGAUGUUCCACUAAUAGGCAAAAUAGAAUCCGUUAUUUGCUGGUGAAGGAAGUUGACAAAAAUUCUCCAGCACAGAAGGCAGGAAUAGUUGUGGGAGAUUACAUCACCAAGAUAGAUGGAGUGGACAUCCGAUCUCUAACAGAGAAACAGAUUACCUCCCUUACCCGGUCUAAACGUCUUAUCAUCUGUGUUAAACGCUUCGUACAGGACGACGGUACGGGCCAGUUAGUUCCUGUUGGACUCAAAAACUUGCGGAAUUUGAGUGGUGAAUUCGCACCAGAAUCUUCCUCCUCCCCUGUCUCUAAGAAAUUUAACAAUUCCUUCAGCUCUGACUCUCCCGAUGGUCUUGGGGAGGACUUCAAUGCCUCCGACUACGACCCAAUACAGCAUGUGUACAAGAGUCCAAGUCAACUCCACCUAGCCUCAGACCCAGAGAAAAACCCUCAUCACCGUCGACCCAGUAUACACGACUCCACGGAUAACUGGCUACUGUCCCCCAAAGGACAGGCAGCUAGGAAGUACUUUGAAAAGCUCAAUUUUAUCACUACCCCAAAUGUGACAGCCCCUCAUCAUCCCCAUUCACGUAGCCACUCGGCAGACAGUCGUGGAAAUCAGUUCGAGCGCAGGAGCCGUGCGAUGCAGAAGAAUGUACCUCCUGCAGUGUUGGGUAGAAGUGCUGCACGGUACGUGAGAAGUCGAUCACAGUCUCCUCAUCAGAGUCGGAGGAUGUCACGACGUGAUCAGGACGUCAUGAUGGCGCUUCAGAUGGGGAUGGAGAAACGACAACGAGCUAUCAGGCUGUCUCUGUAUCAAACAUCACCACCUAGUGAUGACUUUGACUGGGACUUAUAGAGACAGUGCCAUCUAAUGACAAAUAGUGACAGCGCCAUCUAGUGAUGACUUUGACUUGGACUUAUAGUGACAGCGCCAUCUAGUGACGACUUUGACUUAUAGUGACGGAGCUAUCUAGUUACCAUUUUGAUGGGGACUUAUAGUGACAGCAGCAUCCAGUGACAACUUUGACUGGGACUUAUAGUGACAGCACAAUCUAGUGACGACUUUGACUGAGACUUAUAGUAAAAGAAUCUUUAUAACUUGUGAAAUUUACAAAGCUGUUGUCUGAGUUCAUAUUGACAUAAAGUACAAAGUAUUACUAGCUCUAGAUUGCUCAAGAAAACUUGGUCACUACAAAAAAUAUGGUGUAUGAAAAAUCCAGAUACCUAAGAGUACCAGGGAGAACAUGUAUGUUUUAUUAAAGUAAGUUUUGGACUUCAGUCUUUCCUUCUGGUCUGGGACUUUGGACUUGAAGUAAUAACUUUCUAUUUUUCUGGAGUUAUGCCUUGAGGGUAACCAAGUGUUACUUGUACGUGAAGGUCUUGAGGUUGAUAUCUGUGAUAUUAGACAUUGUACUAGCAGGUUUUACACGUAACUGAAAAAAUGUUUCUUCGGUGAAUGAGAUGUACAAAGUUUUGUUAUUUUAAGCUUUCAUAAUCUCUUACAUUGGUACAAAAUGUAUGUAUACUCAUGUGCUGUAUAUAUAGUAUUUAUUAUGGCCAAUAUUUGUUUAAAAUUAAUUCAGAAUAGUAUGUUGCAGGGUUCUUUUUUGACCUUGUCGUUAAUUCCUUUUGUUUUUAUCGUUAUCUUAACUGAUUGUGAAGCAACAUACAAACAUAUUACAUACAGUAUCAGCAAUAUUUACUGUACUUGAGCCUCCCCCCCCCCCCCCCCCCAUUAUGGUUGUCUUUCUUGAUGCAGCACAUAGUACUUUAAUAUCCAAAUGGUGAGGGAAAAAUGACUUGUGUGUUUAUUUAUUGUUCAUGUUAUUUUACAAAUGUAUAUGUGAUAUAUGGAUUUCCUUAAUAUGGAUGUGAAAAUGGUUAUUUUAUCAUUUUUAUCAAUUUUUAAUAUCCACACUAUUUUAGAUUUGCUCAUAUAUUUACAAUUUAUACAUUUCCUAACCGGUGGUUGUAGCUGUGGUUGCGAUCAGUGCCGAGACUGUGCUAGGCUGUACUUUUACAAUUCUUACUAAACUGACACUGGCUAUUCAUGAUCAUCAAUCAUUCCUAGGAAUAUGUAAUAACAUAGAAAUUGAUCUUAGAUAUCAUUAUUUCAUGCUGAGAGUGAAUUAAAAUCUGAAUUUUUAACAAACAAAUUCCUAUCUGUAUUUUGCCUCAUUCACCAGUACAUGUAUUACAUCGAGCAAAGAUCAACAAAAAAAAAUUGUAAAGACAAAGUGCAAUUAUUUUUCUGAUUUCAUCUUAUUUGAUCUCUACAUAAUAAAAUCUGGUUUGUAUUCAUGGACAGUCUUAAUACAUGUAGAAGAAAUAUUGAUAUAGUGUGUUGUUGAAGUUCAUUGCGAGAGUAUUGUAUCAAUUUGUAUCAUGUUUCUGUGCCCAUUCCAAAGGCAGUCCUGUUUUAUCACUUUAUUUAUAACUCAAAUAAGAGAAUAAAAUUUUCAUUUAUAUAAA